AGAGCACAAAAAGAGGAAAGAGAGAUAAGGAGAAGAAAGAGCGGAGAGAGGGAGAGUGGGGGGCAGAGAGAAAGAAGAGAAGCUAAAAUCUUUGAAGUCUGAGUCUGACAGAUUGUUUCAACACAAGAUCUUUGAAAAAUUAUCGAGAUCGGGUUCUCGCCGGAGACAGUCACCGGAGCUCAUUUCUGGGCGAAUUAUGGUAGAUUUGAGACGAUUGACUGAGGAGUGAUGCGAUUAGUCUUGUUUCUAUAUCAACUGAUUUGUUAUCUGCAAAACGAGUUGAUUUACGAAGAUGGAUAGAACCAGAGAAGCGAGGAGAGCCACUAUGGCUGCCGUUUCCGCCACACAUGGCCUUUCACGGCGGCGGCAUAGAAGUAGCUCUCUUAGAGACUCCCCAGAGGAUGAUGGGCCGGUGGAGUUUCAAGAAACGACGCGUUUAAGAGAUCGAAAGAAGGAUCGAGAUCGAGAAAGGGAAAGGGAAAGAGAACGAGAUAGAGAGCGAGAUAGAGAAAGAGAAAGAGAUCGCUUUAGUAGAACGAGUAAGAGAAGAAGAGGCGAUAGAUUGAUAAGUAACAGAGAAGACGGAGCCGAUGAAAGUUCUGAAGAAAGUGUGAACGACGAUGAAGAUGAUGACGACGAAGACGGAGGGGGAAUAACUGGAGGAGGUUCUGUUCGGAUGAUUCCGCCGAACAACAUGGCCGGGUCUUUGUCGAGUCAUCAUCAACAGCAGCAGCAUCAACAUCGGAAGAGUUUUCCGCUACCCGUGAAAGUCAUUAGAACGACACCGCCUUCGGGGCCUGUUCUGACUACCAGCACAACUACCUCGUCUACGUGGAAGGCAGCCGAUGAGAUGAUUGGCGUGUCGGUGCCUAGAAAAGCUCGGUCAGCUUCUACUAAAAGGUCUCAUGAAUGGGCAUCAAGUAGCGGUGCUGUUGGUUUAGUAGGUGGAGAACAGAUUCACCGUCAAGCUUCAACUUCGCCGGUGAGAACAGGUGUAGCUGGGAUGAUAACAUUACCGUCUCCGGCUCCAGCCUCUCCAUCUUCUUCCAAUGCUACUAUGAGGGAGAAGAUGGCUAACGGACUAAAGCAAAGGCCACCCAAAUCUUCGUCGAAAUCCUCAUCUUCAGCUCAGGAAGAGAUUGAGAUGGAGAUUGCGGAGGUCUUAUAUGGUUUGAUGAGGCAGCCACAAGUCCCAUUGAAGCAAGAUACAAAUGGGAAUGAUUCGGUCAAGUUCGAUUCACGAGAAGUUAAUAAACACAAUCUUGAUUCUAAAUCAAGAGUCUCUUCACCGAUCUCCUACUCCCCGUCAACCCUUCCUCAACCAUCUUCCAAUUUACCUUCAAAUUCUAACUCUUCUGCUACUACUAUGUCUGCAAUUGCUCCCAAGAGGAAAAGACCAAGACCGGUGAAGUACGAGGAUGAAACUACUGCGGUAGCACCACCUCCUAUGUUCUCUGUUUCGAACAAUUCAAUUUCAUCUACAACAACUAAGGUUGAAAUUGAUCAACCCGCUAAAAUUGAAGCUACCUCCCCCAGUUUUGAGAAUAAUUCAGGAUCCUUGGCUGAAAAUUAUGGUACUUCUUUGAUGAAUUCUUCUCAAGCUGGACCAGCUUCUGCAGAGCUCGUUCAGGCUGAGCCAAAGAAGGAAGAGAAGAGCAAUUUGGUACCAGAUUCUAAGCCUUUGACUGAAGAAUCUGAGAGUAGAGACGUGGGUAUCUGUAAAAAAGAGGAGUCUCAAUCGCCAAUGAAGGAAACUUUACCUUCUCCUGCUAAUAAUCCUUCCAUCGCUGGUCCCCGAUUGGAUGAUGAGCGUGAGACUGUGACAAAAGCGAAUUCAACAGUUGGUGAGAUCGAGAGUCAGCGGGAAGAGAAGUUCCAGAUAGAUCUGAUGGCUCUUCCUCCAUCUAGAUCAUCACCAGAGAGGGAUGAUGAGAUUGAUUUUGGGGUUUCAGAUCCUAAACCAUUGCCCACAGAUAUGGAAUUGGAGAUGAAGUCUACGGUUAAGGAAGAUGAUAAAAGAGUGAAUAUCGGAAAUGAAGAUGUGAAUGUGGAAGCCGAGGAUAAUAAGAAGCCCAAACUGACUUCUGAAGAAACUGAAUCGCAUAAUCCAGUUAUAAAGAGUGAAAGGAAUGCUCAUCUAAAGCUUGAUUUGGAGAAAUCUGAUAGAGAUAGUGGCACAGGUAGUGUCGGUGCGAGCAAGUUCAAACACAAUGUUCUAAAGCAGGAGCAACAGCAGCCCGAUAAAGAGAAAUCUGCACAAUCUUGUGCUUUACCUUUGCCGAUGUCAUUGGCUAGCUGGCCUGGUGGAGUUCCUCCAAUGGGAUACAUGGCUCCUCUGCAAGGUGUUGUAUCCAUGGAUGGGAGCGCUGUAUCUUCAGCAUCUAUUCAGCCUCCACAUUCGCUGUUUACUCAACCAAGGCCAAAGAGAUGUGCAACCCAUUGCUACAUUGCUCGGAAUGUAAACUGUCACCAGCAAUUCAUGAAGAUGAAUCCUUUCUGGCCCACGGCACCUGGUUCAGCUUCACUCUAUGGUCUGAAGGCAAAUCUAAAUGUUGUGCCUGCUUCGGAAUUGAAUGGGAACAUUCCUGGGAGAGCGGUGAGUUCUGUACAAGACAAGGGGCAGACACUUGCAAUUUUUCCUGGUCAUGGUGGCAAAGAUAAAAGUUCACAGGCUGCUACCAACAUGGUGGAUGCUGCACAGAGAAAGCAAAUGCUGCUCCAGCAAGCUCUACCUCCUGGGGCACCCAGUAAUAUCCUGCAUGGCCCUGCUUUUAUUUUCCCAUUGAGCCAGCAACAGGCUGCUGCUGCGACUGUUCGACCUGGGUCUGUGAAAUCUCCUGGUGCUGGCAGCACAACUUUGAGCUCGUCUAAUUCUGCCUCAGUGAGUGCCACCCCUGCUGGUGCAACUGCCGCCCCUGCAAUGAGCUUCAACUAUGUGAAUAUGCCUAGCAAUGAAACCCAGUACUUGGCGAUUCUGCAGAAUAAUGCAUAUCCGUUUCCGUUUCCUGCACAUGUUGGGGCACCACCUGCAUAUCGAGGGAAUCAUGCGCAGCCUAUGCCUUUUAUUCCUGGAUCUUUCUAUUCUUCCCAGAUGGUUCACCCAACACAGCUUCAGCAGCAGCAACAGCCACCUACACAGUUACAGCAAAUCCAACAAGGUCAUCAGAACACUAGCAUGUCAAUUGGUGCAUCAUCCUCCCAGAAGCAUUUGCAGAACCUGCAGCAGAGGCCUCAUGGAAGUAGUGCAGGUAGUGGCAGUGGAAACUUGCAAGGUUUUCCUGCCCCCAAAAACCAGUCGCCUCAUCCCUUGCCACUACAGCAGCGGCAGCAACAACCAAGUCAGCAUGCUUCUUAUCAAGCCCGGCACCUUGAAGGUGAAUUAAGUGGGAAAGAUAGCCCAUCAACUUCUGACAGCCGAGUAUCUCGUGCAAAUAUGAAUAUUUAUGGUCAGAAUUUUGCCAUGCCUUUACAACCUCCAGACUUCACCUUGAUGACUGCUGCAUCAUUGGGUGGUUCUACCAGUUCUGGCUGUAACCAUGGGGAAAAGAAACAACAUAUCCAACAGCAAGGUUCAAAGGCUGGAGUUGAGUCUCUUACAUCUCAGUCAUUUGCCAUGUCGUUUGCCUCCAUAAAUGGUACUACUACUCCUGGCCUUGAUAUUUCCUCCUUUGGACGAGAUCAUGCAAUUCUUCAAAGCCCUCCAGAGAGUACAAGGCAAGGCUAUCAACAGAUCAUGGCAGCUGCUGUAGCUGCCCAAACAGCCCAACAGAAGAAGAAGAAUUAUCAUGCUUCCGAAGAAGGGAAUCAUGGAACUAAUGAUGCAUCUAGUGUGGAAGAAGGGAGGAAUGCCAUGGCAGGAAAGAGUUCAGCUACUGCUGGGCAGUCCAUUGCCUUCUCCAGGGCGGAUCUGUCUGAUUCAUCUGUUUCCACUAUUCCUGGCAGCAAUGUUAUUGAUAGUUCUGCCCGUACAACUAAUCCUGGCUCUGCUCCCAGAACUUCAGGUUCUUUUAUGCCUGCUUCAAUCGGUUGUGUAAAUGCUCCUAGUGGUCAGCAGCAACUUCAGCGGAAUCAACAGCAGAUGCUUCAGCUUCAGAAGCCGCACCAAUUUGGGGCUGCUUCUGCUUCUCGAAGCAAGGUGCAAGUAACAAGUAAUGGAAAUGCUUAUUCUGAUCACAUUCCUUCAUCUUCUAUGGCUACAAAAUUUCCAAAUGCCCCGUCUCCUUUCCCUCAAAAUCUUGUGCAAACCAGCAGCAGUCCAGCUCAAUCUCCUCAAUGGAAGAAUUCUGUAAGGACAACUGGCUCUCAAGUUUCUUCUCCAUCUCUAUCUUCAACUUCAUCAAGCCUAAAAAAUAUUUCCCAGCAACAAGCCCGGCCGCAGCAAAACCACACGGAGAUUUCUUUCACAGCUAAUCCUAACUCAACACAAAAUCAACAGCCUCCUAGUAGCACCCCAUCCCCCUCUACUCCGAUGGUGGUUGGCUCUCCCACAACUUCAAUCUCUAGAAGUGCUGGUGGUAGUCCCAGGACAACAGGUUCCACUUCAACUGGCAACAAAGGUUGUCAAGCAUCUAGUUUAUCAUCUCAGCAGACCAAGAACUCUCCAUCAGUGCCUAGUCAGAUAUCAUCUCCCGUUGGUGGGAGGAGUGUGCCAUCAGUCUUGGGAAACCCCCAUUUAAGUUCGUCUUCAAGUAUGGGGACGAAGCCCCAAUCAGUGCUACAUCAACAGCAGCAGCAGCAAAAGCAUGCACUACAUCCGGCGCAACUGUUCUUCUCAAAUGCUUACAUUCAGGCCCAAGCUCAACACUCACCAACCACAACAGCUGCAAGUGGGUUCUUUCUUCAAAGACACCGUAAUGAGCAACAGCAGGCACUGCCUCCAGGAUCAUCAACUUCAACGUCAGUGUUGUCAUUGUGUUCUCCAGUUACUCCUGCUAACACUGGCACCACUGACCCUGCAAAAGCCGUAGUUGCUGCUGCUGGUAAUAUGAAAGGUGGUGGCAUAGCAUCACAGGGACUUGUACAUGCUGCACAAUUUGCAGCCACACAGACGUCUGGAAAGACAUAUCAGCUUGUUCCAGGUUUCCCAUACGUUCAUGCUGUUCCUGCUGCUGUUCAGGUGAAACCAGCAGAGCAAAAACAACCUGCCGUUCCUUGUUGAUUGUGCUUACCAUAUCAUCCAAGACGCUCAUAAACUUUCUUGACAAGGUUGAUCAUUGUCCAGUCUAAUUAAAUUAGAAUGGUUAGAUGGGCGAAAGAUGGGAAACUAGGUUGUCAACAAUGUUUUUGUAGGGCAAAUGAAGAUGGUGUAGGGGAAUAGGGCUCCAGGAAAAGCAGGGAAGUGGAGCACCUACUUUUCCGUCUCGUGGCAGUAAUGGAGGUUCUUUUUCUUAUUUAAUUUUAUUUCCUUUUUAUCUUUGAAUUUGGGAUUUUGAAAUUUCCAGAAUAGAUUAGUAAAGAAAUCUUUUGACAUAAUAUAUGCAACUGAAGGGUGUAUAUGUAUAUGUAUAUGUGUUUCACAUGCACAUUUAAGAGUAAUCCUCUUCAUUUUUUCUAUUCA